AUGAUCUGUCACCCAGUGAGUUUCAGUGAAGUAAAAGAUUUCUCAGACUGUAUUAAUGCCACUCUACUAAAUGAAUUACAAUGGAAGGAUGAAUACUUCACAUGGUCAAACAAGCAGCAAGGAUCAAAUAGGGUUAGUAGCAAAAUUGAUAGAGCAUUUGGUAACUGUGACUGGAUGAUGAUGUGGGGCCAUAUAGUCUUAGAAUAUGACCUCCCUAACAUUUCAAAACAUGCCCCAAUGCUAUUGACAUUGCAAAGUGUGAACCAUAGCAUCAAAGCUCCAUUUAGAUUCUUCAACAUAUGGAGUGAGCAUGCAAAAUUCUUGGAGCUAAUUGAUGUCAACUGGAAGAAACAGCUUGAUAGAGAUCCUAUGCAGAAUGUAUGGAACAAGCUAAAGGAUCUGAGGCUAGUCUUCAGAUUGCUGAAUCAAAGAGAGUUUCAAUCUAUAUCAUUGAAGACUGAGAAGGCAAGAAAAGAAUUACAAUGCAUUCUAGCUGAACUAGUAGCCAGAUAUGAUGAUAGUCUUGUGAUUAAGGAGAAAGAAGCUUUGAUGAAUCUUCAAAAAUGGAACCUGCUUGGGGAGAGUAUACUAAGGCAAAAGUCUAGAGCCCAAUGGAUACAGUUGGGGGACUCAAAUUCUAAGUACUUUGCUGCAGUCAUGAAGGAAAGGAGCCAAAGGAAGCAAAUCAUGGAACUCAAUUCCCUUUCAGGUGCUAAGCUAACUGAUCUUAAGGAGCUCAGAGAUGAGAUUGUAUCAUUCUAUAAAGGGUGA